CGCACCGCCUCAGUUUCGAGCCGAGUUUUCUGCCAUGCACACCACCGAACGCUUUUAAUAUUAAUAUUUUUCGAACUUAGGUUUAAGGCUAUUUAUUACGAUGUUUUUUUUUUUAUAAGUGUGCGUAGUGUAUUGGUUUUUUGUGUGUGUGCUAUUUAUUCUGUGCGACGUAUGUUUGCGUGUUCCCCCGUGCUAAUAUAGCGAAUAGUCAUGGCGACGUGCGAUAAUGUUACUGUCGAAGCCACGAUCUCUGCCACAGUCUCGGACAACGACGACGACCCCCACACGACUAUGACCCUCCCCAAGUCCGACGAUGGUGCGCAGUGUCGUGCCCCUGGAGAGUCGACCACGACCACGACGACGACGACGAUGAUGAUAUCAAGUCAAGGUGUGCAGGAGGAAACCCACAAGAAUCAGGAGGAGAGCAGUACGCCACACGCAGAAAAGAAGAGGUCUCUCUCCUUCAUGAGGAUGCCGAAGCUGAAGCGGGAGAAGUCCUACUCAGAGACCCUCGAGAGGAAGAAGAAGAGAGUGAAGUUCUCGCCCCACGAUGGUGACGACGGCGUCAUAGUGUCCACCCGCGUCUUUGAGCCUCAGGACGUAGACUCACGCCCGAGGGAAGACGCCCCCGCAGAGAACAAUCUUGUCUCCGCCACCAUCAAGAAACUCAUGAGAAAGAGUUCGAAGAAAAGGAAGGCGAGCAUCGAAACGCAGACGGAAGAUAAAAAAGAUGAAGACAAGGAAAAUGAGAAAAAUAACAGUAGAGCACCAGAAGGAACAUGUAUACAGGAAGUCGAGGAUGUGAACCCAUCGUCCCCCGACACCCAGAGUCAGCAGGAAGGUGACGUGACUCUUAGUGCUGAGGUCAGCAACCUGACAGACAGCACGAUCACCUCUGCUGGUGGUGACACGCCAGUGUCUCCAGCUGCCAGAGUCUCAGACGAGCUGGCGUGUCUGAGGCAGCCUUCCUCUAGGUUAAUGACACCUGACUCGUCUGACGGUGCCAGCUGUGACGUCAGAGCUGAGGCCGGAGUGCCAGCAGUGCCGCGUCCUGCGGUUAUUAAUGAAGAAGAUAUUACACAUUCAGGUGAUGAGCGACGUAUAUAUACCUCAGAGGAACAAUUAGAUACAGCAAUACCUGAGAACAGCAACAUGAACAAUUACAGAUUGAAAAUAAACAAUACACAUCUAAAUUAUCAAAAAUUACUGAGUGAAUAUGAAUACGAUUUAGGAGUUCCUCGCCAGGUGGCGCCCUUGUCUGAGGAGCAAGAGCUGGAAAUAAGCGAGUUCAGUAAAGCCGACGAUUCUCUGGAUAAUUCGUCAUCGUCGUGCGAAGAGCUCUUGGUCGUAACCUCGUCAGACAAGUGUAGUGCCACGUCCUCCCAGGUGACAGUGAAGCGCGAAGGGACCUUCACCCUCGACGGCCCUCCUCCGCCCAAGAUAACGAAGCCAUCCUGCGACGCUGCUGGUGCAGAUACCACGCCCUGCUCCAGGCGUCCUUCCAGGGAUAGUCUUGUAGAACCCCUCCAAUUCUUCGUUGAUUUAACGACACCAGAAUUAUCAUCUCCGAAAAAUUCUCGAAAACUUACUCGACGUUUAGAACAAAAUACUUGUAAAGAUGCUAGUUCGCUUGCAGCUAAACUUUCUCCCAAAAUGAUCAAGCAGACGAGAGCAAUAGAUCGUGGUAAAAAGGUUCAAGAUCAAAAUUCUACCAUAACUACUUUGAAAAAUAAUGCAAAGAGAACUUUUGUGAAUGCUUGGAGAACAGCCACCAAAACCCAGGAGGUGCCCAGAAAAUCAUUAAACCCCACCAUGAAGUCUCCUCGUGAGACCUCGACACCCAGGGACUCCCCAACCCAACAGGAGAAACCAACAAAUGCCAAUAACACCAAGAUUGACACAAAGACAGCGAAGUCCGUGAGCUGGGAGAAGCACCCGACGCCGAAGGAGACCCGGUCGCCGGCGAGACGCAGCCGUGAUCCCACGAAGGUGCUCCCGUGGCAGGAGCCCAAGAGGAGCCCAGUAUGGGGAGGGGUGUCCCUACCCACCUUCAGACGAGAGGGCACCUUCACCAAGAAGUAUGACUCGGAGAUGGAACGUCUGCAAGCAGAGUGUAACAGACUCAACGUCGAGAAGGAAAGGCUUCAGAGCGAAGUGUGUGAAGCACGCGCGAGGCUGGAGGAGGAGACGAUGGCCAGGAAGGCCCUCAGACGCACCCACGACCUCAAUCUCAGACACCUGAGAGAGGGCGAACUGAGGAGGACAGAGCUACGACUCCUAGAUCUCAAAAACAGACUGGAGGACGAGAGGCGCCAGGCCCUGGCCCAGCAGAAGGAUGCUCUGACGAGGACUCACGAGGCCGAUAUGAUGCGGACAGUCCGCGAGAGGGACGAGGACCACCGCCGCCAGUUGCAUGAAGCUAGACUUACCCAGGAGAGGCUCAAGGCUGAGAUACGGAGGGAGGCUUCCAGGUGCGAGCCCACACCAGUGCCAUGGUGCCACGCUACUGACCGGGACCUGGACCGGCUCAACCGAGACUUGUCGACGCUGCGCGAACACAAGAAGCGACUGGAGGAAGCCGUUCUGACCCUCCAGGAGAGCGAGCGCCAGCGGGCGAGUGAACUGCGACGGCUCCACGAGGAACAUGAAGCCGCCGUCGCCAAGAUCCACAGAGCCAACAAGUCUGAAGGCGCGCGCUUGUUGGACGAGCUCCGUGCCAGGGAGCGCACCAUUGGUCUGCUGGAGCGACAGGUCAGCGCUCAGGCCUCCAAACUCCGCCAACACGAGGACAAGACUCGCGGCGGAGGGUCUGGCGCGACGGGCAAGAAACAUAAGGAAGUAGCCUCAUGCAAGGAUGUCCGCCCCCGCGAGAAGGAACCAUGUGUCAGCCAAGCCAACACCAACAGCUCCAACCAGCAGCAACAGCAGCAGCAGCAGCAGCAGCAGAAGCAGCAGCUGCCCCACCAGUCAGGCACUGCACGAGAGGAGAACGUAGAGGAGGACAAGAGGACCACAACCCCCCGCCCUGACCACGUUAUCCAGCCACCAUCACCACCUCCUGCAGCUAUGGCAGAAGAGGUGGAGCAGCUUCGGGCCCACGUCGAGCAGCAGAGGAGCCAGAUGGAAGACCAGGUGCAGCAGUUAGAGCGUCAGAAGCAGGAGUGGGAGCAGCAGCUGCAGCAGUUUGAACUCCAAAAGCAGGAAUGGAAGGACCAGGUGCAUCAGUUUGAACUCCAAAAGCAGGAGUUGGAGGAGCAGCUGCAGCAGUUUGAACUCCAAAAGCAGGAAUGGGUGGAUGAACGGCAGGAGCUGUUGAAGCAGCUAGACCAACAGCAGGAACUGUUUGAUAAUGAGAGGCAGAGGCUGGAGCAGCAGGUCGAGGAGAGCCUGCUGCAGGUUGAAGAGCAGAGGCAGGUGAUGGAAGCGCAAAAGCUGGUGAUGGAGGAACAGAAACAAGUGAUGGAGGAACAGGAGCUGAGGAUCGUCGACCUCACCGAAGAAGUCAUGGAGCAAGAGUGCAUGGCUCACCCGCCCCCGACGACCUGGCCGCUACGCCGAGAGUCCUGUGUCAAGGUGUCAGAGCUGCCAACAGUGAUGGAACAGAACAGUGACGAAGAGAGCUCGCCCACGUCCACGCCCACCACCACCCCACACAACAACGCCCCGAACCAGUUCCCGGCCUUUACCUUGGAGGAGCCUCCUGCCACGCCCACCACCUUCCUCACGCCCACCACCCCUGGCACGGAGCCGCCCGUCUGGCCACAGGUUACCGAGAUGAGCAACCAUUAUGCGCAGUUAUCCAAGGAACACCAGGAGCUUCAGAAGUCGUAUCAGCUGCUGGCGUCCACGUCAGCCGCCACCUCCCCUGUCACCAACUUUCCGGGAAAAGAUGGGGCGGCGGCGUGGUGGUUGUCGGCGCGGGUGCUGGAGCUGGAGGCCCUGGCCGCCACACUGAGGGUGGAGCUGCAGGAGACCAAGGACCACGCUGACCUCCUCGAGUUCCGCUGCCUCGAGCUCACUGAGGGCUCCGAAAGGGGAUCGGAAGUGGAUGUACCACCGGUGGAGACUUGCGACCAAUCAACAGCCACUGAACUGGAUGACGUCAGUCUAGCAGUCACCAAUGAGGACUUGUCGCUGCCGCUCUCAAUAGACUCCGGACUGGAUAUCUCCAACGAUUAUAAGACGCGGGUGACUGAAGGCCGAGCGUGGUUGGCCGAGCUGUGCCAGGCCGUCGGGGAGCAGGAGUGUUCAGCCGCCCACCACCUGGCUGCCCUUCUCGACUGGGUGGCCACCCUGCCCACCCACACCCACCAUGCCUGUAACUCGCCCAUGAGCCCAACUCUGGCUACGCCCAAGACCAGGAUGGGCGUGGAGGAACUAGGCUGCGACCUGGGGCGGGACCUGACCGUCUUGGCUGCCCGCCUUCAGGAGUCUCUGGCUGACCCUGCCGCCCAGGAGUCUGUUCUGCUGGACACUAUCACGAAGCUGCGUCUGUUGGACACGACCCUGUGCCAGCUGCAGGAGCGGGUGGUGCACCUGACGGAGGAGAACCGCGAGCUGCAGGAGGCGGUGGCCAGCCUGGGCGAGGCCCACGAGACCCGCACAGAGGCCUCGGGCACCGAGAGUGAACUCGUUCACCGCAAGACGCCCUCCAUCCACUCUGACCUGAGUGAUGCCGAGAGUGACUCUCCCGAACAUGUCCAGGAGCAUCGGGCCGUGAAGAUGGUGAACGCCCUGGACGCUGCCACCAGCUUCCAGGAGUCUGGCAUCUUCGACACCUCGUGUGAGCUGGUCCACGUCACCACACAGACCGACCUGUCUCAGGUGAUGCCCGGGUCCGAGCACCAGCUUCACCUCCGCAAAUCCAAGUGCGAUAUCGAGCGGGCCGAGGUUGACCUUGAGAGCGCUGUGGCUCGUCUGGCCGCCAUAAGGGCUGUGGUACAGGGCCGGGACCUUAGGCACCUCAGACUCCAAGACCUUCAGGAGAGCGACGAAUACCUGAGGGCUGCCCUGGACGAGGAGCGGGUGAGUCUCAGCAAGCUGGAGUACGACAGCAUCUUGGAGGGCGAGCGGUGUCUCCAAGGGGAAAUCGAACACCUCAAGUGUGAGAAGGAUCAGCUAAUGCUCGAGUGUGACUCCAUCAAGGACCAAAUGAGGAAAUACAGAUCAGGCCGAGGAACAGACGCAGAGGAGACCCUGAAGGGGGAAAUCCGCGUCCUGAAGCAGCGUCUGGCCGUGUCCGAGAGGGCGCGACAGGAAGUGUUUGAUGAAAAAUGUGAAUUGGAGGAAGAGGAGAAUGACUCGCGUCUUAUGGUGCAGAGGUUGGAGUCACAAAUGGAGGCAGCACGAGAAAUGGAAAACUUGUUGAGUGCCUCCCUCUCCCAGGAGCAGGAAAUCUCCAGGGAGCUCCAUCGGCGAGUCAGAGACUUACAGAUCCUAGAGAAGGACCACCGGGGACGUCUUGAGAAGUUAGAGUCUGCAAGUCGAAGGGCUGAAGAGAAGGCAGCUACACUGUCCAAAGCCAGAGAUGAUUUGGCCAUGCAGCUUAACUUUGCAGCAUAUGGUUUAAUUAUAGCCAAUUAUUGGAGACAGACGGUGCCACAAUCGACUGCUGCUCUCGUCCAAUACAGUAGUAGCAAGACAUUGAAUGUGCUUCCUGAAAGAUGUCGCACGAAAACCCUCACUGAAGGAACUUUAGAUACAUUUGAAAUUUACCCUCGGAAGAGUAGCAACGGUGUGCCUGUGUCCCCCCGUGUUGUGUGUGAUGUCUGUAUUCAAACCUGUCUCGAGCCUCCAACAGCAAAUGCUGGCAAUCAAUGUUACUUCGAGUUCCCAAAGGAGUCUACAGCAAAAUAUGAGAUUCCGUCGCACGAGCAUGGUCAGCGUCGAGCUGCAGAAAGGAAUGAUGACGAGCCUGCGAAUAAACGACCAAGAAACAUCUCCACAAAGAGCCAGGCCACAAUGACCCUGAAAGCGGAGUCGCUUACUGAACGUGAACAGUUCUACCUGGAGCAGAUAGAGUCCCUGCAGAGGGAGAAAAUUAAUCUUAGGAAGGGUCAAGAUAAUGAGAGAAGGGAUUCCAUACAGCAGCACUGCGACUUGGAAGGAGAAAUAAAUGAAAUAAGAUUUGAGCUGGAAGAAGCCACUCGUGAUAAAUGUAAAUUAUUGUUCCGUCUAGAAGAGACUCAGGAUGAAAAAGAAGAAAUUAGGCGUAACUUGCUUGUACGAAUAGAAGAAUUAAAGGGAGAUAUGUCUCGUUACAAUGAACUACACGAGUUGGAAAAGAAAGCCUUGCGUAAAGAAUAUGAUGCUCAAUUGCAAGAGGUGGAGAAGGAGGGCAAACAACGAGAGGAGCGUGUACAGCAAUUGGAGCUCCAGCUUUCAACUUUCAGACAGGAAUUGGAGAUGGUUGGCAUUUCCAUUGCAAAUGAUCUUGACAUGGAUUCAGACAUGGAGAAUGUACAUUCCUGUGGAAGGAAGUCGCCUAUGAAGUGUAGUGAGGCCGAUGGUGACGUGCUGAAGAAGAUCAGAGAAUUGGUUAAAUCAGAAACUGACCUCAGACAAAAGAUUUAUGAUCUUGAGAAAAAGGAGUGUGCAUAUCGUGAGACGAUCCAUGAAGCUGACAAGAUCAUGUCCAGUCAUGUAACAUCGUACAAACAACGAAUAGAAGAGCUAGAAGCGGCAGCAGAUCAACAGACAUUGAAAAUUCAACAGUUGGAAGUUUCUGAAGAGCGCUUAAGGACCACUUUAAGAAAUAAUGCAAGAACUAGUGAAGGCGCUCGCAUUUCUGACCUCUUAGACCGCCUUAUUGAAAUUGAAAAUUCUGAACUAAAACUUAAAGAGCGUGUAUGGAACCUUGAAAGGAGUGAAAAGGAACUUCAAAUAAAAUUAAUGGAAGCUGAGAAAGCCAAUCAAGCACUGCGUGGAGAACUACGUGACCAGGAGGAAAUAGUUCAUCGCCUCAUGUCUCUGGAAACGGAGAAUAAUGCCUUAUCUCUUGAACUGAAUCAAGCUCAGGACUCUGCCCGAAAAGUGUCCGAAAUUCAGCAGAAUGAAAGCUACUUACGUGCUCGUGUAGAAGAACUAGAAGUUACAGAAAACAUGUUGCGAGAAACCCUUCAGCAAGCAGAUGUUAUUUUGGCUCAGAGAGAGAGAAAGCUUAGAGAUCAGGUGGAAUCUCUCCAAGAAGAAGUACAGGCAUACAGGGCUCAACUCGAAGCUGCAGCAUCCAAGGAAUAUGGUGCAAAGGAGUCAGAGGUGUCCUACAAAAAACAGCUGGAACAGUUGCGUAACCGCUUAGCUGACACUGAGCGAGAGUUAAAAGAAUCAUCCUCGGAGACAAUCAGCCAUGAAACGCAGCAUCGUUCAGAGGUAACAAAACUUCGCAAUCAGUUGAAGUUGUGUAACUCCCAGUUAAUGGAACUUGACCGGCUGAACUGUGAAUUACGAGACCGAAUAGUGGCUGCAGAAGCGGAAGGCGAGCGUUUAGCCAAGCAACUGGAAGAAAGUAGUAGACGCCAUGAGCAUGACCUACUUGCACUUAACCUCCAGGUAUCGUCUCGGGAUUCCCAUAUGGAGGAACUUGAGCAUCAGCUGGACCAGCUGAGUCAUGAACAUGCUGCUAGUGAACUGGAUGCCCUGGCUGCAUCACCCAUUGCUGCGCUUCAUUCUUCCAUCACGACUCUAACUACAGCUCUUAAGAAUUGCGAAACGUGUAAUGCAACUCAGAGUGGAACCCUGACAGAAGUAACGAAUCAGCUGGGCACUCUGGUUGAGCUUGUAGAGGGUCAGCCUAACAAUCCAAACAUGGCGGACAUUACUUCUGAUGCUGAUGAUGAAGACGUAUCAGAUUCUUAUGACACAGACACAGCAGAAAACUUGGCCAACGAAGCCACUACGACCCCCCCUCCCAACCCCGCCGGGGAGGGGAUAAGGGAACAGUUGAGCGGGGAAAUUGUCCACUGCAUCACUGGAGGGAAAUUUCAAAGAAAUACCCUCCGGAGAAGCAGAAGGCGACUAGAGGAGCGCAAUAGCAGAAGGCUAAUGCGCACUCAGAGCUCUUCAACAAUUCUGGAGGAGCUGGAGGAGAAGGUACGGGAGAUGGAGGAGGUUGUUGGUCGCAAGGAGGAGGAGCUCCGCCUGGCUGAUAUUGAAGCUUGUGAACUAAACAGUCAGUUACAAUCUCGGGAUGUUAUCCUCACACAGAAGUGUGAAGAUGUGGAGCAUCUGAAUGCCACCUUGGCCAGUCUUCGGCAGCAACUGGUGCACACUAUGGAGGAUGCCGAGCGUACACGGCUCUCCUUACAGGCCAAACAUAAGGUUGACUUAGAGGAGUUAACAAGACGUGUGGAGCAGCUGACAGAGAAAGUUGAACAUCUGGCUCGUCGGGGCCAACUCAAAGAUUCUAUCAUCUCCACGCUUGCCUUACAGAUACGUGCAAUUCUCAGAUCGGGCAAUAUGGGUGUAGUAAUUAACCAACUACGCCGGCUGAGUGAGGUGGGCCCGAGUGACCAAUCGGCAGGCAAGAGUGAUACUGAUCCCGAACAUAUGGCUGCUGCUAGCCCACUGCCUGCAGUGCCAGACUUUGAUGUUAAUGCUCUCUGCUCGUUUCUCAGCCAACCAAGUGAGAUGGCUUCCUUGUCUCAAUGUGCCAUCUUGAAUGGGAUGGAGCCAUCUUGUCCCGUGACCCUCGAGUCUGACAUCUCAUUAGCUCCUUCUCAUAAUGGGUUGGGGCCUUCUUGUCACGUGACCUUCCAAGGCUCUCCCUCAUUGGCUCAUAGAAGAAAGUCUCGUAUACCACGAUUUUUGCCCUCUACUGUGCACAGCAUAAAAUCUGCUACUGCACCCAAACCCAUGGCCAAGGCAAAAGCAGCCCCUAAGUCUAUGCAAAGUGAUAAAUUGUCAAUGAUCUCUGUGCAAAUGGCAAAGUCAGUUUCACAUCCUAAGACAUUGGCAAAGAUUAUGCCAGUUAAUGAGCAAAUGGUAGUAGAGCGUGCAUCAGAGCCCAUGGAAACAGUCAAGUCUGCACCGGUGCGUAGGCAUGAAGUAAAGCCCGUUCCAUCAUAUGCUACCUGUACAAUCAAGCCCGUGGCGACCUCUACUCCAGCAAAACCCACGGGCACAAAGGACUCGACAAGAAGAGAACGGCCAAUAAGAUCUCUCUCCGAUGCUCGCAAGAUUAAACGCAUGGUGACUGGUACAACACCUCUGGAUGCUGCUGUGGAUUGUGCCUCUGCACCUGAAUGGCGAGAACGAUCUCCCCUGGGCAGCACGUGCUCAGAUAUAGAAGCGACGUGUGUACCACGACCACAGGAGCUCCAUAUUACACGCAGAGUUGGUGUUGACGGGGUUGUCAUAGCAUGGGCUCCAUUAGACCAUGACUGUGUAGCAGGUUUUCAGGUACUAGUGGGUGGACGAGUUGUACAGCACGUAAGAUCGCCUCAUCGCACAAAAGCGCUGGUGACAGGACUACCAUUAGCUGGUUGUUUCACCAUUGGCCUUGUCACUGUAUCCACUGAUGGCCGAUGCUCAUCACCAGUUAUCGUCACCCAAGAUAGGUCAAGAGUUUACCCAGGAAGAAGCAGUGGUGGUGUUCCACGCCAUUUGCGAAGAAACUUGCCCACCUGUCUUUGAGCAAUUUGCCUAAACUGAACCUGGGACCAGUCAGCAGCCCAUAUGUCAUUAUCCCCCAUCCAUGUGUUAAAGAGAGAUGAUGUUGGUCAGCUGCCAUGGAAGGCUUGUUUAACUGGAGGUUUUGAUAAGCAUUGAAUUAUGUACAGUAUUGACAUGUUAUGAUGUAUGUGCCUUUUCUCAUCUUCAUUGGAUGAAUUUUGUAUCAAAAUGGGUUAAGUGCCUUCUAAAUUAAAGAACCUAUGUACAGUAUUCCUAAGUGUAGUUCCAAGUUUAUUUAAAUGCCUGAAACCUCCAGAAGUAAAGAAACCUUUGUUACUUGAAAUAGUGAUCCAAAAUGACCAGUGUUACAAAGACGGAAUACUCAAUGUUUCCUUACUUGAGUAACACUGAGGUGUUUGUGGCAGCUGUUUGGUCGAGCACCAAUUGUUUGCGCUCAUGUCUUUCCUUUCUUCCGCAUUUAUCCAAAGGAAAAUAUUAAUGUUUCGUGUUAAUGUCUUCCCACAUAAACAAGCCCCUAUGUAUCAAUGGUGUGAAAGUGACACGUCUAUUGAAAAUAACCGAUUUAUGUAAAGGAUUUGUACUACGUGGUUUUGCUGAAAACCAUAACUGGGACUAACAACAUAAUAAGGAUUUGGAGUAUCAGUACAAGACUGAUUGGCAUUUGAGAUCGUGGUGUUAGUGUGGUAGUAUUGAUUGCAUGUACCAUCGUAACUAGUUGAUAUUUUGAAACCGUUUUGCUAAUAUAAUGUACGUUGUGAGGUAUUUUGUAGUGUCAGAUAUGACUAUUUUCCUUGGCAGCAAUCACUGUUGGCAAAUGGUGUAAAUUAACAAGGUUAUCUUUGUUCUUUUGGUGCAGAAAGGUACCCAGACUUUGAACUGUGAAAGGCAUUUUAUCAGAUCAUUGCCAAAGACAAAGUUAUGGGUCAGAGGCAGUAAUGACCAACAUAAUUGUUUAGUGGUUUUGAAAUAUUUGGUCUAGAGGAAGACAAACUUGAUGGUGGAAGAUGGAUAUCAUAUUACAUAGGGUAAGACCAUGUACCAGUUAUGACAAAAUUGAAUUUAAAUAUUGACUAUGAGCUAUUUGUUCCUUGUGUGUAAUUUGACUCUAGACCAGAUUGUGAAGCAUGGUUAUUUAAGAAAGGGUGUGUGUGACUAGUUUGGGCUUGUGGUUGUUUUCCCUCCCAUUUUUCUACCAUUGUAAUAUGUUCAACUUUUUCAUAAUUUAUAUAUGUGGUAUUCCACAAAAUUAAAUUGAGCCAAACAGUAGCUCAUAAUAGGUUAUCUACAGGAAGAUGGUUAAUAUUUGUGCAGAUGAGAAUAAACAACUACAAAUGUAGUGUAAAUACAUUGUAUAGUGCCAAAGCAAAACAGUUAUUUAAAGUGAAUCAGAGUAGACUGGUAAUUAUUCAUAUGUAAAUAGGAUUUGUAAUUGGCUGAUUGUUAACCAAAUAUAAAACUAAACUGAA